CACACGAAGUAGUCUACGACGCGUCGCGAAGUGAAUACCUCGCAAUUUCCAGUCUAUACUUUAUAUGUCUAUGGACCGUUACACGCGACUACAUUGUGCAGUUGUUAACUCACUCAGUUUUGUUAUAUUUUAAUAAACAUAAAAGAUGGUAAGAGGAUGUUGCGUUUCUACUUGUAAAUCUGGGAAUAAUGUACCAUCCCAUUCAUUCCCAAAAAAUCCUGAACGUCGCAAGUUGUGGUUAGAAAAUUUACAUAUACAGCAAGUAGAAGAACGUGAAAUUCAAAAGUGGCGAGUGUGCUACAAACAUUUUUGUAACAAAGAUUAUAGUUGUGCCCCAACAAGACGUGUUUUAAAAAGCACUGCAAUUCCGACACAUAUUCCAUCAGAUGAAACUACAAAACCUGUUGAACAACAACAACUGAAGAAGCAGCAGGAAGAAUUGAAAGAGCAAGAAAUAGUACCGCAACAGCAUGAAGAACAGAUAUUACAACAGACAGAGCAGCAGCAAAAAUUGGCAGAGCAAGAAAUGAUACUGCAACAGCAUCAAGAACAGAUAUUACAUCAGAUAAAAAAGCAGCAACAAGAAUUGGCAGAGCAAAGAAUAAUACUUCAACAUCAUCAAGAACAGAUAUUACAUCAGGUAGAAAAGCAGCAGCAAGAAUUGGCAGAGCAAAGAAUAAUACUACAACAGCAUCAAGAACAGAUAUUACAUCAGGUAGAAAAGCAGCAGCAAGAAUUGGCAGAGCAAGAAAUGAUAGUGCAACAGCAUCAAGAACAGAUAUUACAUCAGAUAGAAAAGCAGCAGCAAGAAUUGGCAGAGCAAAGAAUAAUAUUUCAACAGCAUCAAGAACAGAUAUUACAUCAGAUGGAAAAGCAGCAGCAAGAAUUGGCAGAGCAAAGAAUAAUACUGCAACAGCAUCAAGAACAGAUAUUACAUCAGGUAGAGUUAGCAAAACAACAUACACAACAGUUAAAAAAUACAAUCACAAUCCAACAAAGUCCAAGACAUGCAAGACCUGAUCUUGGUGAAACAAGCAAAAAACAUUUUAUUGUCCCCAAAAGCCAAGAAAUUCUAUGAAAAAGUUGUAAAAUUAAAAACAGAAAAAACUUAAAAAAACGAUUUGUUGUUUAUCAAGCUAAACAACAAAUGUCAUCAAAAAUAAUAAAUAAUAAAAAGAAUAAAUAAAAAAAGGCAGAAGUGAUAAAACUGCGACUGUACAACAAUUUAUAAACAUGAUUUUGAGGAACAAUAUGAGGAAAUAUUGCGCCACAGGAUGAAAUGUCAAUACAACCUGCCAUUUAUUACGAAUCAAAAACAGAUAAAAUUAUUGGCUUCGAAGAUUAGGGUAUGAGACGAACAAGAAAAUUUGCAGAUCAUGCAUAAUGUUUUACAUGAGAUGUCUUGCAUCUGGUAAUCACAUGCCUGUUGGAUAUGGAUUUUGCCAAGACACACAACAAAUACACCACAGCUUGUAAGGUGCAUUAAAAAGUGGUUGACAAUGCUUUUAAAAUGUGGAUUUAAACCAAUAGCAAACGUAUGCGAUCAAAGUGCUAUAAAUAUGGCAGCUUCUUCUUCUUCUUUGCAUAUAUGGCUCACGCCCCUGCGAGAGAGGAGCAAACGCCAGUCUAUAGAUAUACAUUCUCAGAACGAAUGUGGGGGGGGGGAGGGAUGUGCAGUUUUUACCUACUAUCCUAUCUAUGUCGGGCUCGUGCUCAAGGUGUUAUAACUACGAUCGCCUUGUGAGAGGGAAAUUAAUUUGGGAUUACACCUGAAUUAAUUUUUUGGAGGCCCGAUUAAGUUCGCCAAUCAACCGAUAAACUCAGUUGAAAGGGGACCGGCCCGGAA